AUGGAUAGUGUGCUACACAGUAUAUCGUUUGACUACGACCACUAUUUGUCGGAAGAAAUAUUCGUAAUUGAUGAUUUUGGAGGAAUAUGUGAGGAUGAAGAUAGAAUAGCCAGUCCAAGUACACAACAUUUAUGCAAAGAUUUUGAUGUUGAAUUGCGGCAUGACAAUACUCCAGCGGGUAAUAUUGCUUCGAAUCGAUGCUUCGAAAAAGAAGCUCCUUCACUCUUUUCUGAGAUGGAAUAUUUGACUGAAGUUUCGCCAGGGACGGAUGUGAUUAUAUCGGAUAUGAAAACGGUAGCGAUCGCAGUUAAUCCAACAGAGUUUUCCUGUAAUAGAUUAGGAAAAAACGAAAUAGCUCCGGUAGACGCAAAUGACCCUAGCGUACCUGAUUAUGCAAAAAAGUCUUCUACAGUGAUUAGUGAAAUCAAAGAUGAUGGAUCUCCUGAGGAGCGAAUUUACGGCUACUUCAAGGCUCCGACGGAUUAUCAGCGUAUUCUAAACAACUAUAUUCAAAAAGGACGUCGAAAGCUGGAGGCUAGCUCGUAUUCAAAAAUGAAAGCUGCCUGUUUUCCUCGGGUAAAACUCAACUCCGCAUCUACCUCAUUAAAAGAAACUGUUACAAUAGCAUCGUCAUGUUCUCAGGGUAAGGCAACGGUUCCAGUACAACAGUCCGUGCUCAACAUUAAACAUGAUGAUAUACUUCCUAGUCGUUCUAUCACUGCCACGAAAAAUAGAGGAAAUAUUUCCCAUAGUAAUACUAGUUGUAUAAUGCAAGUUUUUGAACCAACUCAUCUAUUUCCUUCUGACCCCACGAGACUUCAAACUUCAACUGAGUCGAUUAAUGCAACGCGAUUGUACCGUUGUCAGGACUGCAGCUCAUUUUUCUCUUCAAAUGAAUUGUUGCGCAAACACUUGUGUAUUAUUACCGAACUGUACCAAUGCCACUUGUGCUUGAGAGAAUUCAAAAAACGAAAAACACUCGAUCAUCACAUGAAAUCUCACGACAAAGUAUUUUCUACCAAUGAUGAUUUACGGAAGUAAAAAUGAUCCACAUUAGAACUGAAUAUUAUCUGCCUUUCAAUCCCUAUUACUAGUUAAUGUUGAUGUUUAAGGAGUCUUUAUGUAGUAGGAGAUAUAAAUAUUGAAUUUUCAUUUUUCAAUAUUGUUUUUAUUAGUAUUGUACAAUUCGUGUAAAAUAAAAA